UGUUUCCAAGGCGACGCCUCCGCCACCACUCCCACCAGGCUGCAGGCACUGAGACGCUGGAAAACGACUCUGGGGAGAGCGUUCCCGCGGACGGCGGCCUCCGCCACAGCCACCCGCGGGUACAGGAGAUCGAAGACGGCGGCCUCCGCGCCAGCCGCCGCGCAUGUGCGAUCCGCGGCUCGCACGGCUACCUAGGCGCCGGGUCCAGGGAGAGGGUCGUGGAAGAGCAGGGAUCCUGCCGCCUCAACCCCAGAGAAAGAAACCGCGAAGAAGGUGACCGCCGCUCCAGGAUCUCCGGAAGAGUAGGUGAGGACGGCGGCUUUUCCCGCAGGGACUCGAGAAGAGUCAGUGAAGACCUAGGCCAGCACCGCAGUGUCUCCCAGGAGAGAGUCAGGGGACACGAUGGCCACCGGCAGAGCAGCCCAUGGGUGGCUGUGAGGGGCGACGGCGGCCAGUGCAGCAGCCACGCGGACCCCCAUCCCUGCGACCCGAGGGGAGCUGUCAGUGAAGACGCCUGGGUGGGCAUCCCUGAAGCCCGAGGGCCCCGAACCCCCGACUCGGGGGACAGAGGCAGUGACGGCCGCAGCGGUUCCUGUGAAGGAGCAAGUGUCGAUGGCAGUCACUGCCCCAGUAGUUCUUGUGGAGGACUAAGUGAUGACCGGGGCUAUGAGGCCAGCAACUCCUCCAGGGUGAGCAUCAGCGAAGACGCCAGCCGCCGCCUCAGUGGCUUCUGGGAGAGAGAAAGCGAAGAAGGUUCCCACUUCAGGGGCUCUUGGGAGAGAAGGGAGGAUCGUGGGCCCCGCGCCAGCGACGAGGAAACGAGUAGCUGCAGCAGCAGUGGCCCGUGCGUGGGAGCAAGUGAAGACCGACGCAGCAGCAGGGGCCUGGGCUCCACUCCUCCCCAGAGUCCAAGUCCGAGGGCGAAGGACCGGACCAUGCCUGGUGUGUCCAAUUCAGGCCCCUCCAAGUCCUCUAGGGAGACUGCAGACUCAUGUUCCAGGAAGAAGGUGCAUUUUGGUAGCAUACAUGAUGCAGUACGGGCUGGAGAUGUCAAGCAGCUUUCAGACAUAGUGGGACGUGGAGCCAACCUUAAUGAAGUGGAUGUUCUCCAUCAGUUUACCCCUUUACAUUGGGCAGCACACUCUGGAAGUUUGGAGUGCCUUCACUGGCUACUCUGGCAGGGUGCUGAUACCACACAGAAAACUGCAAGAGGAUGGACAGCGGCUCACAUAGCUGCAAUCCGGGGUCAGGAUGCCUGUAUGCAGGCUCUUAUAAUCAAUGGAGCCAACUUGGCAGCUCAAGAUGAUCGUGGAUGUACUCCUAUACACCUCGCUGCCACUCACGGACACUCGUUUACUUUACAAGUUAUGCUGCGAAGUGGAGUGGAUCCCAGCGUGACUGACAAAAGAGAGUGGAGACCUGUGCAUUAUGCAGCGUUUCAUGGGCGCCUGGGCUGUUUGCAGCUUCUUGUCAAGUGGGGGUGUGGCAUAGAAGAUGUGGACUACAAUGGAAACCUUCCAGUUCACUUAGCAGCCAUGGAGGGCCACCUUCAUUGUUUUAAAUUCCUACUGAGUAGAAUGAACAGUGGGGCACAAGCUUUAAAAGCCUUCAAUGAUAAUGGAGAGAAUGUACUGGACCUGGCCCAGCGCUUCUUGAAACACAACAUUUUACAGUUUAUACAGGGGGCUGAGUAUGAAGGAAGCAAUCCAGAUGAUCAGGACAAUUUAGCUUUUCCAGGUCAUGUGGCUGCCUUUAAGGGUGACUUAGAAAUGCUUAAGAACUUGAUCGGAGAUGGAAUAAUCAAUUUGAAUGAACGUGAUGAUAAUGGUUCGACUCCUAUGCAUAAAGCUGCUGGACAAGGCCACAUAGAGUGUUUGCAGUGGUUAAUUGAAAUGGGAGCCAACAGUAAUAUUAUCAACAAAGCAGGAGAGAAACCCAGCGAUGUGGCUAAGAGAUUUGCCCAUUUGGCAGCAGUGAAACUGUUAGAGGGGCUACAGAAAUAUGAGCUAGAUGAUGAGAUUGGAAUUGAUGACAGUCACACCGAGUUUUUCCUGAGACACGGUGUUGAGGGAAGCACCGACGCCAAGGAUGACUUAUGUCUGAGUGAUGCAGACAAAGCAAAUGCCAGAAUGAGAGCCCACAAGAAAAUUGUGGAAUUGAGACAACUUCUGGAAAUCGCUGAGAGUAACUUCAAACACUUGGGUGGGAUAACAGAAGAGGAUCUACAGCAGAGGAAAGAACAGCUGGAGGCUGAGAAGACCAUCAAAGAGCUGCAGGACCAGCUGGCCUAUGAGCGACUCCGCAGAGAAAAGUUAGAGAGUCAACUGGACGAAUACCGAGCAGAGGUGGAUCAACUCAAGGAAACGCUGGAGAAAAUUCAGGUCCCCAGUGUCGUGGCUAUGGAAGAGGACUCAUCUGAGUCUACCAAAGAGAAGCAUCGAGUGAAAAAAAAGUCUCCUGGGGGCACGCUUGUGAGAAGGUACUAACUAAUCAGUGUAAUAAGGUUAAAUAAACAAUUGAUUUUUCCCUUCA